AUGGGCCUGUGUUUAGAGCUGGAGAAGUGUUGCAACUCGGCCCGUGAUAUGCAGGUGAAAAUGGUGACUUCAACACCUUACUAUGCUCAAGACAAUGGUCAAGCAGAAGCUUCAAAUAAAGUUGUGAUUGAAAUAAUUGAAAAGAUGAUAAAGGACAAGCCAAGACGGUGGCAUGAAACCCUUUCUGAAGCCUUAUGGGCUUAUAGAAAUUCAAAAAGGACAAGUACCGGAACUACUCCAUAUUGGUUGACAUUUGGUCAUGAUGCUGUGUUGUCGAUGGAGUUAAAUGUAAAAUCGACAAGGGUAGCUUUGCAACACAAUCUAAUACCUGCCGAUUAUAAUGAAGCUAUGCUUGCCGAGUUGGAAGAUUUAGAUGAAGUUCAGAAACUUGCCUUAGACCAUCUUAUGGUUCAUAAAGCGAAGGUAAUGAAGGCUUACAACAAAAGCAUGAAGUUCAAGUCAUUUGCAGAAGGUGAUAUGGUUUGGCAAACAAUCCUUCCACCUGGAGAGGUGGAUAGAGUUUAUGGCAAAUGGUCACCUACUUGGAAAGGACAGUUUGUGGUACACCAAGUUUUAUAG